GUACGACAUCACAUUACACCUAGUUCGGGGUCUAUGAGCAAGCUGUUGCAAAAAGAAUAUUGUUGCCUGAAACAGUAGCGACUUAGUCACUUUUGAAAGUUGGUGAAGAGCCUCAAAUCUCUCAGAGGGUGAUGUUCCUUUAAGGUGUGGCCGACCAGCCACGCCCCCUCAGCUGCGCCUUGGCCUAGGUGAACCAUAUUUCCCAGCGGCCCCUGCGGGGCUCUGCGCCUGCGCACUGGCGGUGACGGGGCUGGCGGAACUCCCGCGCUCUCCAGUCGCCUGGCCGCGCCCGGUGCCGCCCCGGCAUGGAGGGGGUCAAUUUGGGGCCGGUCGGCCACGCGGACGCCAACGAGGCCGAGGGCGCCGCCGCCCCGUCGCCCCCGCCGCCGGCCUCCCCUCCUGCCCUCGUCCGGGCGCCCGCCGCGGGUGAGGACGGCCCGGCCCCUCAGCCUGAGGCGGGAGCACCCGGCUGCUCCGGCGCCCGCCCCCCCGAGCUGCUGCCCGAGCGCUGCCUGGGCCGCUUGAAAGGUCGCUUCGAGGAGGACGACGAGGAGCUGGAGGAUGAGGAGCUCGAGGAGGAGGAGGAAGAGGAGGAGGAAGAAAUGAGCCAUUUCUCGCUGAGGCUGGAGGGGGGCCGGCCGGACUCGGAGGACGAGGACGAGGACGAGGAGCGCCUGAUUAAUCUCACCGAGCUGACCCCAUACAUCCUGUGUUCCAUUUGCAAGGGUUACCUAAUAGAUGCAACUACCAUUACAGAAUGCCUUCAUACCUUUUGUAAAAGCUGCAUUGUAAGACAUUUUUACUAUAGCAACAGAUGUCCAAAAUGCAACAUAGUAGUACAUCAGACACAACCUCUUUAUAACAUAAGGUUGGACCGACAGUUGCAAGACAUAGUGUACAAAUUAGUGAUCAAUCUAGAGGAAAGAGAGAAAAAGCAAAUGCAUGAUUUCUAUAAAGAAAGAGGUCUAGAAGUACCUAAACCUGCUGUGCCACAGACAGCCCCUUCAAACAAAGGAAGAACUAAGAAAGUCCUAGAAUCAGUGUUUCGUAUUCCACCUGAACUAGAUAUGUCUUUAUUACUGGAAUUCAUUGGUGCUAAUGAAGGCACAGGACAUUUUAAGCCAUUAGAAAAGAAGUUUGUCCGAGUUUCAGGAGAAGCAACUAUUGGGCAUGUAGAAAAAUUCCUCAGAAGAAAAAUGAGUCUUGAUCCGGCCUGUCAGGUGGACAUCCUCUGUGGCGACCACUUGCUGGAGCGGUGCCAGACUCUGAGGGAGAUCCGGCGGGCAGCUGGGGAAGCGGCUAUGCAGUGUGUCCCUUUCAGGUUGGUGAUUGGGCAGGCGUCCUUUUGGGAAAAGGAAGCGUGCUUGUGGACAGGAGGCUCAGAGCUGGCCUCUGCUCAGCCGCAGGGUGUGCGUGGAAGACCAGAGCGGCGGGCUGCUUUGGAGCUUCUGCCUGUUCCCAUCAUCUUUCGAAGUUGCGUCUGUUUUAUUCAUCCUAGCAACACUACUGCACAGGCGUCAUUCAGUUCUAGAGUAGAUGAGUUACCGCUAUUCUGUGAAGACUGUUUCCUGUAGGGUUUACUGCCCGCGCCAAAACCCUUCAGUAUAAUAAAACUUAACAUAUUUUACAAUAAGAGGUGCUUAUUUGUGAUUAUGUUUUAAUUUUAUUUGCAUACAUGCUAUGGUUGUCACCUUGUAAUGACAUUGCUUCUUUUCUUUUUUUUUGGUCCCGGGGAUCGAACUCGGGUCCUUGCACUUGUGCAGCAGGCAGCGAAACCACUGAGCUAAAUCCCCGGCCCAAUGAUUUGUUGUUUAUCUGAAACUCAAAUGUAGUUGGGAAAUGAGAAAUUCUUUUUUUUUUUUUUUGGUACCGGGGAUCGAACUCAGGUCCUUGUGCUUGCGCGGCAGGCAGCGAAACCACUGAGCUAAAUCCCCAGUCCUGACAUUGCUUCUGAAAGAAUAAAAAAUUCAGGUGAAUUUCAGAAGUUUACAGAAUGCUUGUUGUUUCCUCAGUAAAACAGCUUAAUGUUCAUCUUCGCAUUAUUUUUCACUGGGAUAAAGAAUAAGGGUGUUUAAAAAAAAAAAAAGAAGAAGUGUUUGAGAGCUUACUUUCAUGCAAAGAGUUCCGUUUUAAACAUUAUUUUGUCUAAAAUCAGCAUUUCAGUGCUUUCUAAAAGAAAUAUUUUAUAAACUUUAUUUCAUAGCAAACCAAAUCUGUAGAGAAACUCUCAAAGUUAGAUAAGGAUUGGCAAUUGUUUUGUAAAGAAUUUGUGAAUUGUGUGUAAAUCUCUUCUAACAUUUAAUAAAAAUUUAUUUUAGCCUA